UGCGCGAAACAAAGUAUGAAAACCCAAGAUUUUCUUGAAGAUAAAUGUAAUAGUUGGAAGAGAAAGUCACUGGACCAUAAUUUCACAACCAACUUAAAGUCAUUUUUUUCCCUGAAGAAAUUUCCUUCCGACAGGAAUUUGGCAAAAAGCUGCUGCAGCAAUAUAUGGUGUGUUUACCGACUAAAAAAGAUGGUGGGUGGAAGUUCAAACAAAGUGGAUACUGUUCAUGAAACAAGUAUCAGAGUGAAUACUGGUUCAUCAUCAACAAUGGAGAUACAUAAAGUUUGUUUACCACCAAAUAAAACCACAUUCCAAUCCAUUAAACAUAACUUUUCUGAGAUUUUUUUCCCUGAUGAUCCUCUUCAUAAGUUUAAGAAUCAGAAACCAUUUACGAAAUUCCUUCUGGGUUUACAAUAUUUCUUCCCUAUUUUUCAAUGGGGCUCUGAUUAUAAUCUGAAGCUUCUCAAAUCUGAUGUUAUCUCUGGUCUCACCAUUGCUAGUUUGGCUAUCCCUCAGGGAAUUAGUUAUGCUAAGUUGGCCAAUUUGCCUCCUAUUAUUGGAUUAUAUUCAAGUUUUGUACCACCAUUGUUGUAUGCAAUUCUUGGGAGUUCAAGACAUUUAGGAGUUGGUCCAGUAUCAAUUGCAUCACUAGUAAUGGGUUCUAUGCUUAGAGAAGUAGUCUCACCAACUGCAGAGCCAAUUCUAUAUCUCAAAUUGGCUUUCACUGCAACCUUCUUUGCUGGUGUAUUUCAAACAUCUUUGGGUCUACUUAGGUUGGGCUUCAUAAUCGAUUUCCUAUCGAAGCCGACUUUAAUUGGGUUCACAGCUGGGGCAGCAGUAAUUGUAUCCCUACAACAGCUCAAGGGAAUGCUUGGGAUUGUUCACUUCACUCCUAAGAUGCAAAUUGUUAAUGUGCUGUCCUCUGUUAUUAGCACUGAAAAAGAGUGGUCAUGGCAAACUGUAGUAAUGGGGAUGAGUUUCUUGAUCUUUCUACUGGCAACAAGGCAUAUUAGCAUCAAAAAACCAAAGCUCUUUUGGAUUUCAGCAGCUGCUCCAUUAACAUCCGUAAUUCUGUCAACAAUUUUAGUUUAUGUCUUCAGAGCUCACACUUCUGCGAUUUCAACAAUUGGACACUUGCCAAAGGGUUUGAACCCACCGUCAGCAAACAUGCUAUAUUUCAGUGGGACUCAUCUAGCCAUUGCGAUAAAAACAGGCAUUGUAACUGGGAUUUUGGCUCUAACUGAAGGUGUUGCAGUUGGAAGGACUUUUGCUUCACUAAGAAAUUAUCAAAUUGAUGGCAAUAAAGAAAUGAUAGCAAUCGGUGUUAUGAAUAUGGCUGGUUCUUGUACUUCUUGCUAUGUAACAACAGGAUCAUUUUCUCGAUCAGCAGUAAACUUUAAUGCCGGAGCACAGACAGCAGUUUCCAAUAUAGUAAUGGCAGCAACCGUCUUGAUCACAUUGCUGUUCCUGAUGCCGUUGUUCUAUUAUACUCCCAAUGUGAUCUUAGCGGCAAUCAUCAUAACUGCUGUUAUUGGACUGAUAAAUUACCAAGAAGCCAUCAAGUUCUGGAAGGUUGACAAGUACGACUUCAUGACAUGUUUAGUUGCAUUCUUUGGUGUUCUUUUCCUCUCUGUUCAAAUGGGCCUCGCAAUUGCUGUCGGGGUGUCAGUAUUGAAGAUUCUGAUGAAUGUGACUAGACCAACUACAGUGGUGUUAGGGAAUAUUCCUGGGACACAAAUAUUCCAAAAUGUUGGUCGUUAUGGAGACGCUGCAAGGGUUCCAUCAUUCUUCAUUCUUGCGAUUGAAUCACCCAUCUGCUUCGCAAAUUCUACCUAUCUUCAAGAGAGGAUAUUAAGAUGGGUUAGAGAGGAGGAAGAAAGGAUUGUAGCAAACAAAGAGCAAGAUAUGAAAACCAUAAUCUUGGACCUGACAGCUGUAACUGCCAUAGACACCAAUGGACUUGAAGCAAUAGUCGAAAUUAGAAAAAUGCUUGACAAACGAUCAUAUAAGCUGGUGUUGGUGAACCCAGUAGGACAAGUGAUGGAAAAACUGGAAAGCUCAAGAACAUUAGAGCUUUUUGGCGAAAAAUCACUGUAUCUGACAGUUGGAGAAGCCAUUGCAGAUAUGUCCAAAAGGUUGAAGAUUGAGAUUUAAGUCACUUGUUAUCAUGGACAGUAGUUAGUUGAAUCCCGAUUGUCUUAUGCAUGACGAUUCGAGGAUAUCCUAUAUUAGAGUAGUGAAAAACAUAAAAUAGUCGAUCGAUAUUAGGAUCCUGAAGUUGUAGUCUAUUGACUCUCUUCCUUAGAAGAGAUGUUUAGAUAAAAGUAAAUGCAAAUUUUAAAUUUCAAAAGCAAGCCUGUUUUACCUACUCUUAUGUACUUUGAGCUCUUCUAAGAAGAGAUUUUGAAUCCAAAUGCUGUAUCUUUACUGCAUUACUGUGUUUGUCUAUUGGAAGAAGAUUUUUUAGAGCAA